ACUAUGACUGUAACAACCCCUUGAUGCAAAGGGCUGCUGUAAAUGCCACUUCAUGGAUGAGAGACAGAGGCCCAAGGAAUGCUAUUUUGUAUGGUUUUGAGGUCUAAGUGGAUCAAUAGUGUAGAACAUUUGUUAGCUCUUUGUGCUGAUACAUUUCUUGUAAAAAAAUAGUUCAAAAUGUCAAGCAAAAGUGUCCGUUGGACUUUUAAUAUUUCUAAAUGGCAGCCCACAGUUCAAGAUAUCAAAUUGGCAACGUCUUGUAUACAACCAGAAGAGAAGGCGCGACUGGCAAAAUUUGUUUUUAAAAACGACUUCAAAGCUUCCCUUAUUGGUAGACUUAUGAUGCGUAAAUUUGUCCAUGAUGUCACCAAAGUCCCUUAUAAUUCGAUUAAAUUUUCUCGUGACAAUAAAGGAAAACCUGUUGUAAUUUCUCCUGAAACGGUACUUGCUCUUAACGUUUCUCAUCAGGGAGAUUUCGCGGUUUUGGCAGGUGAAGCGGGGCUCAGUAUGAUAGGGGCGGACAUUAUGAAAGUAGAAUACACAGGUGGUAAAAGUUUAAGUGAAUUCUUUCGAAUUAUGUCCAGGCAAUUUUCUGUAAGCGAAUGGAUAACAAUUAAAAGUUGUAAAAGUGAAGACGAACAAUUAGGAUCGUUUUAUAGACACUGGUGUCUCAAAGAGAGUUAUGUGAAAGCUAUAGGUGUAGGUAUAACAAUUAGUUUGCAGGAUUUAAGUUUCAAAAUAAAAACUCCGUGUCUUUCUGAAAAAAACGUUAUAACUGAUACAGAACUUUAUGUGAAAAAUGAAAAACAAAACUGGAUUUUUGAAGAAAGUUUGAUUAACAAUAAACACAUAGUUGCGGUAGCUUUAAAUGCUAAUGAAUGGACGGGUGACAAAAA